AGUUUAAAGAUGGAUUCCGAUCGAGUGAGCAUAACUGUCAAGGACGAAGAAAUCUGGGAGCAGAGAAUGACCAGAUUGAGAGCACUAGAGCCAGUGAACGAACCACAGCAGCCGGCAGAAUUCGACAGUCGUGUGUAUCUGCAGCUAUGCACCACCGCGAAAGAAGGUCACGUGGACAAGUUCAUCGAAGCCCUCGAAAUGUAUUCCGCCGAAGAGAGGGUUUCCUUGUCCGGCCUUGUCAGGAUGGUGGGCCCAUCCGGGAACUCGCUGUUCCACGUCACAGCGGGCGUGGAGAAUGCCGACAUCCUCCGACUGCUCCUCGAGUUCUUUGGUAGGGCGUAUUUCGUCUUCCUCAAGAACUACCAAGGCGAAAACCUGCUCCACGUCGCGGCAAGAGCUGGCAGGAUCCGCACGGUCGAGCUCCUCCUCAAUCAUGGCAUGCCUGAGAGCUAUUUUAACAAUCUGGGGAACACGGCGUUGCAUGAGGCCGUGAAGAACGGCAACUUCGAUUUGACCAAUCUGCUCCUGAGCCGAUGCUCUGGAUUGCUGUAUGAGAAGAACAAGGAGGGCAAGUGCCCGCUCUACUUGGCCGUCGAGACAGGGGACUUGGAGAUUUUCAAGCUUUUGCUGGGAGCAGUGGAUCGGAAUGAAGACCUUUCGUCGAGGAUCAAAGGCAUGUCGCCGGUUCAUGGAGCCGUGUCGCACCGCAGGAUAGAUAUGCUGAAAGAGAUGUCAAAUCGAACCAAAGAGCUAUUUUGUUUGAGAGAUGCCGGAGAUGGUACUCCCCUCCAUCUAGCAGCACACUUGGAUUAUGUCGAGGGAGUCAAAUUCUUGGUCCACGAGUUUCCUCGGAGCGCCUUUAAGCGUGACAAAGAGGGCUAUUUUCCGAUCCAUGUGGCGUGUAAGAUGGGUCGUCUUGAAAUUGUCAAGGAGCUGCUUAGACAUUGGCCAAAUACGGAAGAAUUGCUAGACUUUAAUGAAGGGCAAAAUAUACUUCACGUUGCGGCAAAAUAUGGAAGGGCCUCAGUGGUGAAGUACAUACUCAGCAAUCCCGAGCUUGAGAAGCUUAUAAAUGCGAAAGACGAGGAAGGAAAUACGCCUCUCCAUGUGGCCACAUUGCAUUGGCAAUCAGAGGUUCUGCUCUCUCUCACCCGGGACAAAAGAGUUGAUCUUAAGCUUGUAAACAACCGCAACUCGACGGCUCACGACAUUGUAGAAGAGCAAUUGAAAGAAAUCGAUGCUCCACUUCGCAAGAGCUUAACGCGAACAAUCUUAGCAUCUGCUGGAGCACCCCAAAGCAAAGACAAAGCAAUUCGCUGGCCAAAAGGCUUAGACCCUGGGAGAGAUAUGAAGCCUCCGGAUUUGGAUAGACUGAAGAAUGAGGCCAAUACCCGUAUGGUCGUGGCUACUCUCAUUGCCACUAUGACGUUUGCCGCUGGCUUUUCUGUUCCUGGAGGAUAUAAUGACUCCGAACCAGAUGCAGGAAUUGCUAUACUGUUGAAUAAACCCAUGUACGACGUCUUUGUGAUCUGCAACACCAUCGCCAUGUACAGCUCGAUAAUUGUGGUGGUGAUCCUUCUCUGGACGCAGAUCAUGGAUUCUUGGGCGGUGCUUCAUGCCCUUAGGAAGACAAGGCUACCGCUCCUCAUAGCUCUUGCCACAAUGUCAGUGGCCUUUACGGCUGGGGUCUACGUGACCGUAAGCAAACGCACUUGGAUCGCCGUUGUCGCCUUGACCAUCGGAAUCGUUGCUCUCUUUGUUAUCUUGAGUCUUUAUAUUGCCUUGUACAUUCCGCUUGGGUACAAUUGUCGUCUUGUCCGGAUGUUCACCGACUACAUUAUUGUAGCUGGUAUAAUAAUUUCAACAGGGGUCACCGAAGGUAGGGCCACGCGACCUGCUCAUGAAGAAACAUCAGAGGAUGCGCAGACGCCGCACGAACUCGUGGUGAUGGCUGCUCCGCCACCUCCGCCACCAACAAAUAUAGAUGAGCGGCAGUAUGAGGAACUCUCGCACCAUUUCGCUGAGAGAGGUUCACAACAGGGCAUUGCAAAGCCUGAGAAUGUAAGCAACAAAGCCAAAGAUUGA